AUGUCGCCUGUGGAGGGUAGUAAGAGAAGUAGUGGACAACCGUUCGAGCGUAUGAAGCUACGGAGUGCCACCACAAGUACAAAGCCAGCCGCUAACCGACCAGGAGCCAAUAAAGAUUUAUCCUCGUGUAAUCCUUGUCGCAUAAAAGAAGCAUCUCCAUAUGAAUUUUCUUCAUCUUCUCUUUCGAGCGACACUGCAAGUGAAUAUGAGUGCGGCCAGGGGGGUAAUCAUACGCCGACAUUAGAGCUAGUAGAUGAUGAGCUUUGGGCCAAAUUCUUCUCUCUUCAAAACGAAAUGAUCAUUACGAACUCUGGGCGGUGUCUCUUCCCUUGCUUGCGCUUUAAAGCCACUCAUCUGAAUCCCCGAACACUCUACUCUAUCACUCUUGAGUUUGAAAAGGUUAAUCCUGAGCGCUUUCGUUUUUGCAAUGGUCAGUGGACAGCUAUAUCAGCUUCAGCUCGCGGGAAUGCAAAUGUGAAUGAUGGAGCUUUCGCAGAUUUUGUUCUGGCUCAGGAGUCAUACAUGCAUCCGGAUGGCUACAGGACGGGAAGCCACUGGAUGGCAAGCCAAAUCUCCUUUGCCAAGGUUAAGCUGAGUAACAAGUUCCCACAUUCGACGACUAGGCACGGUAAAAGUCAACAUGGCCCCAGCGCGAAAGGGGAUGAUCACAUAUUUCAUAUGAUGUCAUUCUACAAAUAUCGUCCAAGGGUGCACCUCAUUGAGUGUUCCAGCGGAUCUCAAACGGUUAUUUCCUCGGUUCCCCAUACCUUUGAGACGACUAGUUUUAUCGCUGUAACACACUACCAAAAUUACAGAGUGAAUGAUCUCAAGAAGGGCUAUAAUCCACACGCCAAAGGUUUUCGAAAUACUAUCGGCCUCCUAAUUUCGCAAUCAACAGAGCCAUCACACUAUCUAGCUUCUCCUCCGCGCCGGUCAAGCAUACAUCCACGUUCGUCGAAAAGAUUAUGUCUAGAGUCAGUCGUGAGUGAGAUCAACGACAAUGCCAGGAAUAGAAAUAAUAUGAGCGACCAAGAGGGCGUGACCAUGGGCGAGACAUUGAGCAACGACGUGGAAAGUAAUAAGACAGAGAUUGACUUCAUAGCCGACUCGCACACCAAGUCUAUUAUUAGAGCAUCCCCUAAAGAAAUCGAGCAAUAUUCCUUAGGAUGGGAGGGCGACGAGACCUUGAAUCCGGAUCCUACGAAAUUAACACCGAGCCAGCUAUGUUGUUUGGACAAGAAUAACACGAGUUUGAUUACGAUAUCGCUAAGUAAGAGAUCGGUGAUGGAAAAUAUGAUAUCCAGGAAGCGGAUCCAAUGCCAAGAUAUACAGGAAUCAGCAGUUCCAGGCGCACAUCAAGGCCAAUAUGCGAGCCUGAUAUACCAACCGAUCACCGAUUUUAAAGAGUCCUCAACUUUUAGUGCAGACUAUGGUCGAAUGUGGGAGACUGCUACUUUUCACCCUCUAGGGCCGAUGCUCACUUCCACUCCUUCAACGCAACUAAUAGACCGUUCACCACUAACGGGAUCAGCCUACAAGGCGGAACGAAAGAGUGAUUUGGAAUACAGAGUAAAUGAGUUGAAUCGACUACAAGAACUCUUUGGACACCUAAAUCCCCUCCCGCCUCUUCCUAAUUUUAAUAGCACUGAGCCGGAUAAUCUGGUUGGAACUCCAUCAGAUUUACUGGAUAUCACAGAUCCUACCCUAGCAAUCCUUUCAAAUACUGCCGAUACCAAUGUGGUACAGAACCAAGCUGAAAUACCGCCGUCUGUUCAGAGUCUGGAGGCCGGCAACAACACCGUUGGUAUGUCUCUUGCACAGCCUGUUGCACCCACGUCAUGGUACCAGCAGUUUUUCUGGGAUCAAUACCAACCUACAUCAUCUUCAAGCACCCAGUCGGUUCAGAAUGAUUCCCUGGCAACAAUGGGAUUCACUGCUCCAACGAACAUUUCUGCAGGUACCGCUCUUCAGCUACAGCUGGAUCUUCUGGCUUUGAGUCAGAAUCAAAACUCAGGACGAAAAAUUUUGUCACCAUAUUCUCCCUCUUCCUCGAAGGGAUCUCGUCAAUGCCAGCAACAACAAUCGCAGCAGGCGAGGAAUCCAUCCCAGCUUCCAGAUUAUUUUGGCGACGCACUGAGUCAAGAAGGCUAUCAGCGACGGUCGAACAUAUAUGAAGCAUCGAUGCACAGUGCAUCUUCAACGUCACUGGCAACGCCGUCAGAUUUAUGCGAAUAUGCAAAAGGAAGUAUGCAAGAAAAUGAAUUUGGAGCCGGCUAUAAUGAUGGAGGGUAUUCGUGCACCCAAGCCCUUGCAUUGGGGAAUCCACAGCCCCUUCGAGCAACAGUUCUCGAAUCUAAGACGUACAUGUCAACUUCAUCCGUGAUAUCCCUAUCGCCAUGCCCAUCCAAUUCAACUCGGGCGCAACUCGAUCAAGCACUUCACGAGAAUCUUUGUCUUAAGGCAUUCAUCCGUGAACGAUUCGGACGAGACGCAGAGAAUGAUGCCAAUGCAGUAGUAGCAAUGCAAUAUCACAUGUGA